AUGGAGCGGGAUGUGCAGGCAGGGGGUGCCAGUUCCAUCCAUCCCCAGGGAUCGUCCAGACCCCCCGUGGAAGGAGGUGCUGGCCUCUCCCCCAGCACCUGGAAGAUUGUGGGGAAGAUAGAUGAGGAUGGAGACGGGUUUGUGACAGUGGAGGAGCUGAAGGCCUGGAUCAAGUUUGCCCAGAAGCGCUGGAUUUACGAGGACGUGGAGCGCCAGUGGAAGGGCCACGACCUCAACGAGGACGGGCUGGUUUCCUGGGAGGAGUACAAAAAUGCCACCUAUGGAUAUAUCCUGGACGACCCCGACCCCGACGAUGGCUUCAACUACAAGCAGAUGAUGGUGCGGGACGAGCGGCGCUUCAAGAUGGCAGACAAGGACGGGGACCUGGCGGCCACCAAGGAGGAGUUCACGGCCUUCCUGCACCCCGAGGAGUACGACUACAUGAAGGACAUCGUGGUGCAGGAAACCAUGGAGGACAUUGACAAGAACGGCGACGGUUUCAUUGACCUGGAGGAGUACAUUGGUGACAUGUACAGCCAGGACGGCGACGCCGAUGAGCCCGAGUGGGUGAAGACGGAGCGGGAGCAGUUUGUGGAAUUCCGGGACAAGAACCGGGACGGGAAGAUGGACAAGGAGGAGACCAAGGACUGGAUCCUGCCCUCGGACUACGACCACGCCGAGGCCGAGGCCCGGCACCUCGUCUAUGAGUCCGACCAGGACAAGGACGGGAAGCUGACACGGGAGGAGAUCGUGGACAAGUCAGAUCUGUUCGUGGGCAGCCAGGCCACGGACUUCGGGGAGGCGCUGGUGCGGCACGACGAGUUCUAGCCUCCUUGGCUAGUCCUAGCCUCCUUGGCUAGCUCCAGCCUCCUUCUAGCUCCAGCCUCGGCGCCUGCCUGCCCGUGGGCUCCGUCCCUCGCCGAGGGAGGAGCCCCAUCCCGGGGACGGGGCUCGGGAAAGCCACACUCCCCCGGCACCUGGGGCUCGUCUCGUUGUGGGUUUUCCCCGGAUUUUAAUGACUUUUGGGUUAUUUUUGUAUGUUUUGGUUUUACCACGUGUGGAAACAGCUCCCCUGGCGCGGGGGCAGUGACGGGGCUGCCCGGGGGCCUGGGGGGGAAUUGGGGAAUUCACAGAGGGAUUGGGAUUGGGAUUGCAGUUGGAAUAAAAAUUGGAAUUGGAAUUGGAAUUAAAGUUGGAAUUGGACUGAAAUUUGGGUUAAGAAAUUGAAUUGGAAUUAAACAUUGAAAUCAAAAUUGGAAAUUGAAACAGAAAUGGAAUUGGAACCAAAGAAGUGAAAUUGGAUUAAAUGGAAACAUUGAUUUGAAAUUGGAGUAAAAAGUGAACGUUGAAAUGAAAAUUCAAACCCAAGGAAACCCCAAAAACUGUCAGAGCAGCAGCAGGGCCCGGGGGUGACCUGGAGGUGACCCCAGGGAGGUUGGACCCUCCUCCCUGUCGCUGCCCUGUGGGAUCUGGGCAAGACCCUUCCCCCCAGCCCCCCUCCAAGUGCCUUGAACCCCCCAGACCCUGGGGGAGGGCCCCACCCCCUCUGGGACAGCUCCCAAGGUUUUCUCCCCUCCGUGUUGUUUGUCCCCCUGCAGCCACCCGAGCUGUUUGGGAUCGGCCCAGCCAUCUCCAAAUUCACAGGUUUUCCCUUAAAUCCUUCCCCAAAGGUUCCCAAGGGCUGACCAGAUCCUCUCAUCUCUUCCUCCCCUCCCUAAAUCCAGUGGUGAGUGGGUCGGGAGUAUGGCCCUUCGCAGGGCUUGGGAGUCUGGUGGUGCUGGGGCUGCUUUUGGACGCCAGGGAUGGUUUGGGACGGGAGAAGUGAUUUUUGGAACCCUGGGAAAGCCUCUGGGGCAGCCACUCAGCCCCUCUCCUAACACCCCCCGCUCCAUCCGCGAGCAGCUGGGACAAUUCCUGCCCUGGACUUUCUCCUCCUCCGGGUUUGUUCCUCGGUUUUCUCCUCGGGCUGAUUGAAGGGAUCCGGAUGGUUGGAGCUCAAUAAACC